GGUGAAUAGUAGUGACGGAGUGCAUAAAACGUAACAACGGAAAUGUGAAAUACAAACAGGAAAAUAGCAACACGGAUGGUUUUCUAAGGGACACGCACCAAGUAUGCUGGAGAGAAUCAGAACAUUUGUAAAAGGACUCUGAGAAUACCAACAAACAUGCGCAGAAAUAUGAUUAUAACGUACGUCUUCAGUUGCAUCUUUAACGUUAAACUCUGCAUAUGCAAAUCGAAUGUGUUUUAUUUUAGUUAAUAUAUUGGAGUUAAACGGCACCGUUUUGUUUUAACCUCUUACGCAAGUUCGCAAACAAGUAAAUUCACCUGUCAUGGCGGAACACGGAGCACAUUUAACGACAGCAUCAUCAGAUGAAAGACCUUCGAUAUUUGAAGUUUUAGCGCAGGAUUCCUUGAUGAGUGCAGUUAAACCUGCUUUGCAACACGCAGUUAAGAUUCUCGCGGAUUCCAACCCCUCUCGUUAUGGAGUCCUGUGGAGGAGGUUUGAUGAGAUAUAUGCCCUCUUGGAUUUGCUGCUGCAGCAUCAUUUUCUCUCUCGCUCCAGUGCCUCCUUCUCUGAGAACUUUUAUGGUCUGAAACGAGUGUUGGCCUCUGAUCCCGCCCGGCCUGCUCACCUUGGCCUCAGGCGGAAGCAGCACUUGCGAUCUCUAUUGCUCCUGGCCCUCCUGCCUUACCUGCGAGCCAAAAUGGAGAAGGUGUUAGCUCGUCAUAGGGAUGAGGAUGACUUUUCCAUACGCUUACCCCAGUCCCUCGCUCAAAAGAUGUACAGGGCCUUCAUGGUCGCCUAUCCUUUCGUGAGCAUGGCCUGGGAUGGUUGGGUGUUCUGUCAGCAGUUGCUUUAUGUGUUCGGACGUACACGCACACAUUCACCCUUACUGUGGAUGGCAGGGGUCAAACUGGCACACCUCACAGCACAUGACAUCCGAAGCAUGGAUCUUAAACCAAGCAGCCCUACAGGCAUAAGUCUAAGUGUUGCUGAAAAAACGCAGCGGAUAUUGUCCUCGGUGGUCGGUGGUGUGGCAGUGUCACUUUCCACCAGUCUGUCCCUGGGGGUUUUCUUUCUACAGUUCUUGGAGUGGUGGUACUCCUCAGAGAACCAGAGCACCGUGAAAUCCCUGACAACUCUGCCCACCCCACCCCCCCCUGUGCACCUUGACGACCAAGCAGCGGUGGCAGUUCACAGCAAACUGUGCCCCCUCUGCCGAAAAGUCCGUGCCAACGAUACCGCUCUCUCCACUUCUGGUUUUGUGUUCUGCUAUCGGUGCAUAUUCAUGUAUGUCAAGACUAACCACAGGUGCCCCCUAACUGGCUAUCCUUCUGGAGUUCAGCACCUCAUCAAGAUAUAUUCUCCUGAAGGCUAGACUCAUGCCUACAAUUCAAUUCAUAUGGAUGGUAUUUUUCAAAUUAAGGUACUGAUUCAAAACCAAUUGAAACCCUAGAUUAACUGACUAGAGAAUUUAGAAUUUUCAAAAUUGACAUUUUAACUGUUUUGAUUGACAUCAGUAGUACAACUCAUCACGUUUCCUCGGAGUUCAGCUCUGUGUUUGUGCCGUAACACCGCUCCUAUGGAGAAUGGAUUUUCUUUUCCAAGAAAAAGGAUCACCAGUUUUCACUCUUUACAGGUUAACAUGCCGGCUCAGUUUCUACCCAUCAUUGACACAAAAUGACAGUUUUGAGAUUCAUUUCCAUUAUAAAUGGGAAUGUUAUUAUCCAUACUAAAGACAACAAUGUACAUACAGGAAAAUGUUUGUAAAUAAAGAACUUUAUUUUGUGUUUAACUA